AUCCGAUGGGACAUAUGCGAAACACUAACGGACCUCCGUGAUUUCGGCGACCAGUUCCUCCGCUUCUCUUCCUUCUUCCUAUAUACGUCUUCCAUCUAAAACCCGCCGCACGAACCCUCCAUCUCGCACUCUCGAUUGCUUGCUCGCUCGCUCGCCCGCCAUGGAGAUGGUCGCGUCCUUGCCGGCUCCGAGCACUGUCGAGGAAGUCUUCAGGGACUACUUGGGGCGCCACCGCGGCCUCGUCCGCGCUCUUACGGCCGAAGUUGAUGACCUCUACGCCCUCUGCCAUCCGGAGAGGGAGAAUCUUUGUCUGUAUGGGCACCCGGAUGGGUCGUGGGAGGUGAACGUUCCGCCUGAGGAGGUGCCGCCGGAGAUGCCGGAGCCGACGCUGGGGAUCAACUUCGCGAGGAACGGGCCGAAGCGGUGGGACUGGCUCUCGCGCGUCGCGAUGCAUAGCGACAGCUGGCUCCUCUCUGUUGCGUUCUUCUUUGCGGCGCGCUUCAGCGGCGAUGAAAGGAAACGCUUGUUUAACUUGAUCAACGAUCUGCCUACUAUCUUCGAAGCCUUCUGCAGUCAUCAGCUUACAAAGAAGAACACCCGUGUAGACAGAGGAAGCAAACCUAUGCGGUCCUCUAAGAGAUUAAAAACUGUCAAUAAUGGCUCUGACGAAGAUGCCAAUGAAAUCAGUGCGACGUCCUGUGGAUCCUGUGGUACCAAGCAUCGUUCAAAUUUCUGGAUCCAGUGUGAUGUAUGUGAAAGAUCGUUCCAUGGCAAGUGUGUAAAGAUGACCCGCGCAAAGGCUGAGAAAACGAAGCGAUACAGGUGUCCUAGUUGCAGUUCCAAAUAAGCAAGACAGACAGCCAGCAACUUGGCUCUCUGUGAUGCUGACACCAAGUUUAGCCAUCAUUUUGUUUAUGAUGGUAGUUGACCCUGGAUGACUGAGUAUGGGUGUUACUUUAGCCACUGUUUAUACGCUUAGUAAUUUUAGAUUAGUGUUAAUGGUGUUGCCAUCUGUAUGCAUCAAGUACAUUUCAAUCCAUCUUUAACCUAAUUUUGUGUUUAUGUAUAGAUGCAAAAGAAGUCAUGGGUGUUGGGUUCUCUAAAAUAGUGGCUGUCCCAUCUCUAUUUUUCCCAUAGAGAGAAUACUGCUAUUUGGAAAUAUGAGAGAAACUAAUCUU